AUGUCCUACGAAGUCAAGUUCAGCUACUGCGACACCCGCUCCACGUUCGACCGCGCGAUAUCCGGUCUCCGCAGCUCGAGAGUCCUGCUGCUCGACUGCGAGGGACUGGAUAUCGGUAUGCAAGGCGGGGCGCUCUCGCUGAUCUGUGUGGGUACAGAGAGCGCUAAGGCCAUAUACGUCUUCGACGUCCCGAUGCUGCGCGAUAACGGCGUCAACGUCAACCCUCUGUUGCGCCUGCUCAUGCGCGAGGAUAUCACUAAGAUCACGUGGGACGGGCGCAUGGAUUUCCUGGAGAUAUACGAGACGUACGGAAUUGAGAUGAAGGGCGUUCUCGAUUUGCAGCUCGCAGAGGUCAUGUCGAGGAAAGGAGUAAGGAAGGAGGGGGAGAGGCAGCGUACCCACCGACUUGCCACGCGAUACUUCGGGUUUCAAGCCGUCAAGACUCAGCAAGAGCUGUUCAAGGGCAUCCAUAUAGUCCUUGGCAUGACACAGUGCCUGAAAGACAACAAUCUCGGAGAAGGGGUCGAGAAAGAUCCCCAAGUAGUCGCCAUGCAUCGUGCCAACGGGAGCGCACUCUGGAUGGAACGGCCUCUGUCGGAAAGGCUUCUUCGUUACGCAGCGACUGAUAUCUAUCUUAUUUCGCUGCUCUACGAAGACUUCCUUACGAGAGGCUGGAUCAACCGCAAGAGUACGCAAGGCCUCUGCGCCUACUCGCAGGAGUAUGUCUCGACGUACCAGGAUUUGGGUCGCCUGGACGCGGAUAACGUACUACAGAAGGGGCCGUUAAUUAUGCUGUGGGAGCUCGAGGGCGAGCGCAAGCACGAGUGCUCAGGAUGCGGGCGGUUCAAGCCGAUCGAGUGCUAUGUGACAAGGCAGGACCGCUUUGCGCCAAACCACCUCACCGGCACGAACUCGGGUGCAGUCUUCUUCUGA